AUGGCUGUCAUGAGUUGUCUUGGCGCUGUUCUUCUGAUUCUAGCUUUGAACGGCAGUUAUGUACUGACACUGGCCGAUCCAGUUCCCGUUGUGAUGUGGCACGGGAUGGGGGACAGUUGCUGUAAUCCACUGAGCAUGGGCUCCAUCAAGAAGUUGGUGGAACAACAAGUUGGUGGUGGAGUUUAUGUUUUGUCACUGGAGAUUGGGAACAGCAUUGUUGAGGACAUGGAGAACGGCUUCCUCAUGAAUGUCAACAAACAGAUUGAUAUCGUCUGUGCCCAGCUCAAGAAGGACCCCAAACUCCAGAAUGGAUUCAAUGCUCUCGGUUUUUCCCAGGGAGGCCAGUUUCUACGUGCUGUGGCCCAGAGAUGCCCCUCUCCUCCCAUGCUCAACUUGGUAUCCUUUGGUGGACAGCACCAAGGUGUGUAUGGAUUCCCCAAAUGCCCAGGAGACAACAUUACUUUGUGUAACUAUGUCCGUAAACUCUUGAACCUUGGCGCUUAUGUCUCAUGGAUUCAGAAUUUACUUGUACAAGCUGAGUACUGGCAUGACCCACUGAAUGAAGCCGAAUACAGGUCAAAGAGUGUCUUCCUGGCAGAUAUCAACCAGGAGAGGCAAUUCAAUGCCACAUACAAGGCAAAUUUGCUGAAGCUAAAGAACUUGGUUCUAGUUAUGUUUGGUAAUGAUACCAUCGUGGACCCAAAGGAAAGUGAGUGGUUUGGAUUCUACAUUGAAGGUCAAGGCAAAGCCUUGUACAACAUGACUGAAAGUAAACUUUAUCAGCAGGACCUUCUGGGACUAAAGGAACUUAAUGAGAGUGGACGUCUGACCUUGCUGGAGGCACCAGGUGAUCACCUUCAGUUUACAGAUGCCUGGUUUGAGGCUAACAUUCUCAGGUUCCUGAAGUAA